AUGCAACAAAGUAAUAGUAAUGCACCAUUGUGUCAUUGUAGGCAUUCUAGCAGUGAAGACUCAAACUCCACCGUCAUUAUCGAAAGUCAAGCUAAUCAUUCAUCCCGUGAUACAGAUUUGGAACAAGAAAGACGAGCACUUCGUGAAAUAUAUGGUGAUUUGUUACAAUACCAUAUUGAAGAGCAGGAAAAUACUUCCAAUAAAUCAGACAGACAACAAUCCAAGGAUAAAACAGUCCUACCAAAAGUUGUCUAUAAUUAUAAAUUCUGGGUUUUACCAUGUAAAUACAUUAUGAUUGGAUUUGAUAGAUUGGCACUCAUGGCCCUGCUUGACAGAAACCGUUCUUAUGCUGAGAAUGUUGUCGCUAUACUGCUGGCUACUAUGGUGGCAACAUUGGGUUAUUAUCUACUUAUAAAAGAGUACUUUAAAGAUUUUUGGAUUUUUCUCUUCUGUUUUGUCAUCGGGAGUUGUCAAUAUUCAUUGUUUAAGAGUGUUCAACCUGAUGCUGCUUCUCCUAUGCAUGGUCACAACCGUAUCACAGCAUUCAGUAGACCACUGUACUUCUGUAUAUGUUGUAGUUUAGUGUUAUUAUUGGAUUACUGUGCUAGUGAACCACAUUUAUAUCAGACCAGAUUUACUCUCUAUGGUGUACCAUUUACAAGCCAAGAAAUUCUUCUCUUAUUUAGAAAUGUUAUACUUGUUUUAAUAUUGUGUUUCCCAAUUAUAUUUUUGAUUGGGUUACUACCACAGUGCAAUACUUUUACAACAUAUUUUCUUGAACAAUUUGAUAUUCAUUUAUUUGGUGGCAAUGCUACUUCAUCCUUAUCUGGUGCUUUGUACAGUUUUUGUCGCAGUAUUUUGGUUGUAUCCAUGCUGUUUGGUUUGGCCUAUGUAGCUCUGCAAGAUUCUGAGUUGUCUUCGCAGCAUGUAUUGUUUUCAGUGUUUUGUGGUUUAUUGGUUUCCCUCAGUUACCAUCUCAGUAGAAGUACAUCAGAUUUUACAGUGUUAUGGUCCAUUGUAAAACAGCAUGUGUGGCCAUCAAAAGAAACACAGCCAGCCACAGAUGGAACCGAUAUAGUUGAUCCAUUACCAGAAAAAUUAGAAAAGUGUGUUUCAGAAAGAUUGCAGUCUGAUAUAAUUGUAUGUGCCUUGAUUGCUAUCUUAGCAUUUGCUGUUCAUGUCAGUACAGUAUUUACUGUCUUACAGCCAACAUUGAGUUAUAUAUUAUACAUACUUGCUGGUGUUGUAGGAGUCGUCUUUCAUUAUUUUAUACCACAAAUGCGUAAACAACUUCCGUGGCUCUGUGUGGCACAUCCAGUCAUGAAAAAUGAUGAAUACACUCCGUUUGAAGUUUCAGAUGCUGCCAAAGUAAUGUGGUUUGAAAAAGUCCAUGUAUGGAUUUGUUUUAUUGAACGUAAUAUAAUUCAUCCACUUGUCUUCAUGAGUGCCUUAACCACAAGUUCUCCAGAAAUUUCAAUUAAAUUUGGAUCAUUUGCUGGUGCUAUUAUCGUUACUAUAUGCGGAAUGAAGGCUCUGCGCAUGUCCUUUUCAGAUCCUGCCAGAGUUUAUUGGAUUCUUAUUUUCACAGUUUUAUUCUUCACGUUUGACUUUAGAAUGAGCUCUGAGAGUUUCCUUAUUGACUAUUUCUUUAUGUCUGUACUUCUUAUAAAGUUUUAUGAGUACGUUCUGAAAAUGCAGUUUGUCAUUACUUACAUAGCACCAUGGCAGAUCACAUGGGGAUCAGCAUUCCAUGCAUUUGCCCAACCAUUUAGUGUACCACAUUCUGCAAUGUUAUUCAUUCAGGCCGCAAUAUCAGCGUUAUUUUCCACUCCACUAAAUCCAUUUCUUGGCAGUGCAAUAUUUUUCACGUCUUAUGUAAGACCAAUCAAAUUUUGGGAAAGAGAUUAUAAUACAAAAAGAGUGGACCAUUCCAAUACUAGAUUAGCAUCUCAACUUGAUCGGAUGCCUGGCUCAGAUGACAAUAACUUGAAUUCUAUAUUUUAUGAACAUUUAACAAGAUCUUUACAACAUAGUUUAUAUGGUGAUUUACAGUUAGGUAGAUGGGGUACCGUAUCACAGGGUGAUUGUUAUAUACUGGCAUCUGAUUACCUCAAUGCUCUCGUACAUAUCAUAGAACUUGCCAACGGUCUUGUCACCUUUCAGUUAAGAGGAUUAGAAUUUAGAGGAACAUAUUGCCAGCAAAGAGAAGUAGAAGCCAUAACUGAAGGUAUAGAAGAAGAUGAUGGUUGUUGUUGUUGUGAACCAGGUCAUUUGCCUCACAUGUUGUCAUUCAAUGCUGCAUUUAAUCAACGUUGGUUGGCAUGGCAAGUGACGUCAUCUAAGUAUGUAUUAGAAGGUUACAGUAUCAGUGAUAACAGUGCUGCUUCAAUGUUACAAGUAUUUGAUCUCAGGAAAAUAUUGGUUACUUAUUAUGUCAAGAGUAUUAUUUACUAUGUGGUUCGUUCACCAAAACUGAAUGAUUGGCUGUCAACAGACGGCAAUAUACAAGAAUCUUUAAAAGCGUGUGUGGAUAAAAACUAUGCGGAUUGUGAUCCAACAUUUACACCAAAUAUAGAUGAAGACUUUGAUCAUCGUAGUUCAGGAAUAUCACGUAAUGCAUUCUGUAAUACAUAUGGAGAGUGGAUUCAGUAUUGUGCAAAUAGAAGACAACAGGACAUUGAAGCCGAGAGAGACUCUGCAUUAGUGACCCUGUGUUUUGCAUUGUGCAUUCUUGGUAGAAGAGCUUUAGGAACUGCCUCACAUCAUUUAUCAGCCAGACAUGUAUUGGAUGAUGGCACUGAUGAGUACAAGAUUAUCAUGCUGAAUAAAAGAUACUUGAGUUUUAGAUUAAUCAAGGUAAACAGAGAAUGUGUGCGAGGUUUGUGGGCAGGACAACAACAGGAACUGGUUUUCCUCAGGAAUCGUAAUCCAGAACGUGGUAGCAUACAAAAUGCAAAACAGGCACUGCGGAACAUGAUCAAUUCAUCAUGCGAUCAGCCAAUUGGUUAUCCAAUAUAUGUAUCACCGCUAACAACAUCCUACUCAGAAACCAAUCAACAGUUAUGUGGUGUUUCCGGUGGCUCUAUCAGCUUCAAAGGAAUACAAGACUGUAUUAUCCGACACUGGUCAAGGUUACUAGAACGUUGUGGUGCCGGUUGCAGUAGUGGUGGUAUUUCACAAGACACUGGUGGGGAUACUAUACCACAGAACGUUUCUUCCACUGUCGCUAUUACAGACCUCCAUCAUGGAUUCCCAUCACAUUCUUCUAGCAUUAAAACAUCAGACGAUACAAUUCGUAUUCCAACUCAAGAAAUUCAAAUGCAACAACUUGGUCAGUUAACUGGUAGCAUGAGCUCAGCAACAGGUUCCAUGUUAUUGACUGGCAAUAAACGUAACAGUGCAGCAUUGUUGUAUAUAGCUGGACUUUAUCCAAGUCAAACCAGUGAACCCAUUCUCCAAAGAGUCAAGAUUAUUGACCCAAGUCAAGUUUAUGAUACUUUGAAUUCUCAGAAAUAUGUGCAAUGGCCAAAUGAACAUAUGAAAAAACAUGGUGGCAAAAACCACUGGAAAGAUUGGACAGUGACGGAAGGUAUGGAAGGAACUGUUGUACAUCGUUGGAUACCCUGCCAUUUUGAUUCAGCAAAGAGGUCACACAUUGAUAAAACGAUAUUAUUGGUGCAUAUCGAAGAUAAAUACGUUCCUAUAUCAGAAAAUGCCGUUGUGGAUCUUGGUGCUGAAGUGUAG